UAUGUGGUCUUUGUGGUUUAUUUCUUUACACAGAUAUUGACGAGUGCGCUGUAAUGCCGUGUAAAAAUGGAGCCACGUGUGUUGAUCUAGUGAAUGACUUCUCGUGCACGUGCGUACCUGGAUACACAGGGAAUUUGUGUCAAACUGACAUCAAUGAAUGCCAAACAAACCAAUGUCAGUACAAUUCGACAUGCGUAGACCUUAUCAAUGGAUUCAGGUGCAGUUGCCCGGCUGGUAUAACUGGAGAUUUGUGCGAAAUAAAUAUUGACGAGUGCGCGAAUGUCACGUGCCAGAAUGGUGGCAUUUGUAAAGACUACAUCAACAGGUUUGAGUGUAAAUGUCCUAUGGGAUUCAAUGGAACAUAUUGUGAAAAUUCGCUCGGUCGCGUGUGUUAUAAUUGUGAAGGUGUUGCUGAUGACCCUACCCGUUGUGCUAACAGGACAUUAUGUGGUCCUGGUGAGCAAUGUUAUUCUGAGCACGAACUUGACGCACCUGGCGUGUUCACCUACAACCUUGGCUGUGUACCGUCCAAACUGUGCUCCUAUCUUGAGAACAAAAACUUCAGGCGACGUGAUAUCCGUCCGGUUCAACUUUGUUACGAAUGCUGCGACAUAAAUGGAUGUAAUCACCACGCUUGUGCUGAUUAUAACUGAUAAAUUUCACCAAAAUGUAUUAAUUUUGAAUAAAAAAGUUGCAAGCUAAUAA